AUGUCCCUGUUCAAUAUUGGCGCGGCUGAGGAAGGUGUAGCAGCAAAAUCUCUGGACACUACUCAAAAGGAAACACUAGCGUCAAAAAUGAGUGUAGAGCAGGAGCAGGACGUGCUCACCGCUAUCCUUGCGGCAUCUGACAAGGAGACUUUGAGGACGCGCCCCAAGACACCCUGCCCAAUCAGUUCGUCCAGAUUUCCGCCUAGGUCUGCUUCCUUACUUGAAGAAGCUGCUUUAAAGGGAAGCUUUCUCAAGGCGUCUGACAAAAAGGCAAGAAAGCACAUAUGGGUGGACAAACAAGACAGUCCAAAGUCUAGCCGAGGAAUUGUUAUAACUCCUCGAAGGACAGAAGAAGAGUCAGGUGAGAAGAGCAUCUACACAGCGGUCAGCUCGGCAGGGCAAAGUAGUGCAUCCAGUAAAUCUGAUCGAAAGGAGCGUCUGAUGCCAGAAAUCCACCCAGUCUAUGGGGAACAGCAGGGACACCCAACAAAAGAUGUCGUGUUCACACCACCGGAUAGUGACAGUAAUAGGGUGAGGUCCGAAGUCAUGACAGCCACAGGUCGCCGCGAGCGAGUAUGUGAGGAAAUCACCAGCAGUCCUCUAAAGAAGCGCAAGGAAAUGCCAGAACUGAAAAUUCUCCCGGUGAGCAACCACCGGGAACAAGUGGGGCAAUGUACGGCACCGGUGCUACCUGCGACAAAACAGGAUGAAAUUAAAGCUGACAACGAGGGCGAAACGAGAGUGGAGCUUCCCGAGAAGGCGACUGAAACAAAAGUUGCAGCACCACAGGAAACCGAUAAGGCGGCCUUGGAGCAGCUCAUUCAAAAGUCGUUGCUGAUACCUAAAAAGGUCCAACAAAAGCAGCAGGUCCAUUCUGCUGUCCUGGUUGACAAAGCAAAAGAGCGACUAGUGCAAGAAAUAACGAGCAGCUCUCACAGUACUACUGACAGCAGGACGGAGCCAGAAGUUCUUGGACCGAAAAAAGAAGUUGUGACAAGCGGACCAAAGACGGAUCAGGCUACUCAAAAGAUAGAAGAGCUCGACCUCAACCGACAACAACAAGCCCAAGGAUCAGUGUUGGUUCCUGGAAAGAUCGAAGAAAGGCAGCAGAGCCAGCAUUCUGUACUAUUCAAUGAAGAAAAACCACCGUCGGUGGGGGAACUCCUCAGUAGUCUUCAGAAUAAUAUAGAAAGCAAGACAGAGCCUGAAGUUCUCGGUGCCAGCUGUGCUCAAGAAUCAGAACAUUUGGUAACAGCUAGGCCUCUGUUGAUGAAAAAAGUGUCAAAGGCAGCCCCGAUUGCUCAAAUUGUCCCGGCAGUACCUCAAGUGAAAACGGAGCCUGGCAUUAGCCUAGAACAGCCCACCCAAAUGUCAGCAUUAGUCCCUGGAAAGGUUAACGAGACGCGGCAGGACCAACGUGCUGUUUUGGUUAGCAAAGAAAGGGAGCAAUCAGUGAAGGAAAUGUCCAGCAGUUCCCACAGCAGUUUGGACAGUAGAGGUCAAGAAAGCGCCCUGCUUGGCCGAGGAGAGCUCAGUCAGACGGCAAGAGGUGCUGAGGAAAUUCAGCAGGAGAACUUGAUUGAAGAAGCUGUUCCAAUGGCGACUACCCCUCGCACCCCUCAUCAACGCAUCGUGAUCACCCCAACGUCAGGUGAAGAAAUGCGGGAACAAGGACAAUUAGGAUUUGUCAGCCAAAACUCGAUCUCGGCAAUGUCAGUGAGUGGGACUCCUCAGAGGUUCGUUGGAGAAUCGCCUGCAGUUAGCGAUCGACAAACUCAAUCUGUGCAUGUAGCGGUGGAAACUCCAAAAAGCCGGGUGGGACAUGAACCGUUCCUAAUCAGCGACAGUUCGGAGCACCAACAUGAAAGUGAUUUAGUGGCAGUCAAUAGCCAUCGCGAAAAAUGGUAUCAAAGCGCGAAAGGCACGCCAAGGACUGGAUCGGAGCAGGAAGUCUCAACACCGAAAAGCCGGCGAGCGGAGGAUAGUCAAAAGGUUGUCGGAGCCGAGAGCCCAUAUCCGAAAUCUGCUGAGCACUCGGAAGGGAUUCGCACAGCAGUGGAGAAUCCGAGUCCGAAGCCAGCAGAAUUUUCACUGGCCAGCAUAUUUCCUUCUUUGUUUGGCCAAGGUACAUCAUCUGAUGAAGGUAGUGCUGCUCCCGAUGCUGCUGCCUCCAGACCUCGACCAGUUGCUCAAAGGCCUUCUCCAUUCACGUAUCCUGAGCAACCGGCGAGGCCAAAAGAUCCAAGACGUGAUGUGACUCGAUUCCGAUCCGAGUACGCCAACAAGUUCACCCUCGGUAGCAGGCAUACGGUGGACUUCUUCCGCGGUUCAUACGACGAUGUUCAACGCGAAGCACGAAGUGCCGUGAAACUUAUCGUUGUUUUUAUUCACGAUCCUUCGCUGGAGGUUGGUGUGCAUUCUGUGCAUUUUCGCGCAAUUCGGUUGUUAUAUACAUAA